CAGACUCACGCGUGAAUCUGGUCAGGCAGGACCGAAAGUAUUCCGCACAAUACAAUAAGACUUCUGCCCGAAAACAUAAGAUGACCGACUCGGACGUAGAAUUUCAGACCACGCACAACUUCCUUGAAGUUUUCGAUGACGACGAGCUCUACGGUGAUCCACUCAUGGCGAGCCCUGUUAACACGUCUCCCUCUUCUCCAACCACCGAAACUAUCAUCCCAUUUCCUGUAUCGAAGCGAGUACGUCGUGUAACGCCCAAGGAGCAGAUUGAUCGACUGCAGGACGAGAUCCGUGGACUUGCCGCGCAUCUUCACGCAAUCGAAGCAGUAGCUGUCCCACCUCACCCCCACUCUCACAGUCGCCGCUCCGAGCUGUGGCGUAUAAUGGCCCUUCGACAGCUGGAGCAACGUCGGAUUUCGGAGAGUGAGAGCCGCGAACUUCGAGAGAUGGUGAAACAUCAGAUCGAAGAGGCAAAAAGUUUGUCUAGAAUUCUGAGGCGAAGGACGAGGAUUCAGCGACUACGGGAAAUGCUGGAAGACAAUCACCGUAACCGACCAAACGAAACAAUCCCAUUCGCUGUCGCAGUUCAAGAAGGUGAGCAAGUCUUCGAGGAAAUGUUGCGCGAUGUCAAUGAUAUCUACCAGAACAUGGACGCGCUGUUCACGGAGAAGGGAAUGCACAGCAUGUCAUGUCCUGGUCGUAAGCGUCAGUCAGACAACACAGUGCUCAACGGUGUAUGUUUCGAGUUGAUGCAGCGCGAAAUCGUGCCGUUUGGUGUGGAGAAAGUGAAAGACGCGAUAUGGAGCUCUCUCGGACAAUUAGAGCUGGAAGGUCUGCGGAGUGUUAGGGGGUUUAAGACGAACGUUCAGUUUCGCAAACACGAUUCUAGUCGAGAUACGACAACGGCCAUGGUCAGCUUCUUUGCAGACCUCUCGAGUGGCCGCAGUACCAGCGUCAAGAUACGUAAGGUUGUUCGUCGGUAUGAUGAAGAGCAUCGGACUAUCUUCAUUUAUCGGACGUUCAUGGAGCCAAACCCGUGCAAUUUCAGAAAACCUGUCGGCGUGCACGCAAUCUCAACAUUGGUGAUAGAAAUUCGGUACGAUGACCCGGACGACGACUCCACACUGAUCCAGAGCCAUUUCACUGUAACGCGAUAUGAUGAAGAACUCGCGGCGGGCCAUCGAUUGCGACUGGGUGUCAAUCUAAAUAUUUCGAUCGCAGUUUGGGAUGAAAUGAUAUCACGUAUCCACGAUCAAGUGGAGAGCUACUUGGUGAGCAGAGCCAGUUGUAAUCCCUACAAGAUGAUCUAUGCUAGAUCCCCCAUUGUAUAAUGCUUGACAAUGAAAAGCUUCGCUAUGCACAUAUCAGCUCGGAAUUUACUGUUAAAUCCCCCAGAACCAUGCAAAUGGAAAAUUUAGAA